AUCCCACCCCCGAUCCGCACGGCUCCAUUAUCCCGGCGACACCGUCGCCGCGCCGAGGGAAGUAGGGAACCGUCUCGCGGGUCUCGCAUCUGAAGCGGCGUACCGGUCCUUCCCCGCCUCCCUGCCUCACCCCCUACCGUCGGCGACCCGGCGAAGCUAGGCUUGCCGCGAGACGACAGCAAACACGGCGUGGACACAUCGGACACGAGAGUCAUGUCAUCAGGAGCAGGUUCCAGUGGAACUGGGCGAGGUCGUGGUUCCUCCUUGGCAGACAAUAAACCAGACAGUAAAGAAGCUAAGCCAAAUCCAAAGAUGUCGAAAGCUUUAGGAACGUCCGCUAAGAGGAUACAGAAAGAACUGGCAGAAAUUACGCUAGAUCCACCUCCCAAUUGCAGUGCAGGACCAAAAGGUGAUAACUUGUAUGAAUGGGUUUCUACCAUAUUGGGUCCUCCAGGUUCGGUUUAUGAGGGUGGUGUAUUCUUUCUUGAUAUACAUUUCUCACCAGAAUAUCCUUUUAAACCUCCUAAGGUUACAUUCCGAACACGCAUCUACCAUUGCAAUAUAAAUAGUCAAGGAGUUAUUUGCUUGGACAUCUUAAAGGAUAAUUGGUCUCCUGCAUUGACAAUUUCAAAAGUCUUACUGUCAAUAUGUUCCCUUUUAACAGACUGCAAUCCAGCUGAUCCACUGGUAGGUAGUAUAGCCACGCAAUACCUACAAAAUAGAGAAGAACACGAUCGCAUAGCGCGGCUUUGGACCAAGCGCUAUGCUACAUGAGCGUAUUCUUUAUUCAUAUUAAACUCCUAUUAGUCUCAUGCCAACUUAUGAUCAUUGCUGCUCUCAUACAACUUGUCUCAUAUGUAGCCUGUACACAUCCUUAUGAUCAUGUUGGUCAAAAAACACAAGUGAGCAAAGACCGUUUGAGAUCAGCUCAAACAUGAUUGUGAUGUGCUUUUAUGUAGAGUAUGUAAUGUGCCUAAGGACGGAUGAAUGUGCGUGCAAGUGUUUAAACAGUGUGCUAGGGCAUAACGAGACAGGAGUUUUUCACUUAAAAGUUACAAUGAGAUAGUAUUUAAAUGGAUUGUAUUGUUUACAAAAACAAUACCACGCACAAUGCUGCUAAUGUUUCUAGAAUAGGAGAUAACAUGAACAAUAUUGAUAAUCUAAACUGUAAGUAAUUAAUAGAUAUAUAGGCAAUAAGACGUAAACGUAGAGGCCCAUUUUUCCAUAAUUGAACUCCCAUAUUUUUAUAUUGAAUUGUCUUAAAUUUAAAUUAUUAUGUUCAUACAUGUGACGCCUGACUCAAAAUAUAGGCUAAUAGCAUGUAACUAUAAUUUAGCUAUGCUGCAAAAGUAUCGCAUACAAUUUUGUGUUCAUAAUACAGUAAUUGUAAUGUUCUGCAUGAAGCAGACGUUAAGAUUAUACUUGCGUAUCAGAUAAUUCAGUUGUCUGGGCCCACCCGCAAAAAUAUAUUGUAAUUGUAAAUAAAUAUUAUUUACUGUAUACUUAUACACUGGUACAUUCAAGAAAUCUUAUAAUUCUGACCUGGAUUUAUAUUCUGUCUAUACCGUAUACGUGUAUGUAUAAAUUGAUGUUUUAAUGAUUGCACUGAUAAUUCUGGUUCACUAAUUCUGAUUAGCAAUUUCUUAUCCUUUUCUAUACUGGAUGAUCCGAAAUUCACGAAUUUGGAGUAUAGGACACGAUACUUUAUGCUAAAACAACCUUUUCUUUUACUAAAAUUGCGUCCGAUAAAU